UCAUUCGGUGGAGAGACAGGAAGAUAGAAGGUCGUUUUGUGCUCGUGUGUAUCUUUGCCUGCACGUCAAUUUCAAAGAUGCGGGUGUUGGCAGUAGCGCUAGCAGUGCUGGCAGUCAGCGGGCAGUCCCGCGGCUGCUUCUUUUGGAAGGGAGAAUGCAACGACACGGCCCCCGCGGACGCCAGCAGCACGCGGACGUCCAACGAUGAGGAGCGCAUCGUGAACAACCCGCCGGGAGGCCUCAACGCGGCCGCCCCCUCCGACGGGGACCUGGCAGCCAGCCUCGUCGGAUAUCUGAACGGAGGUGCAGCAGGCGGCCUCGGGGGUCAAGGGGGCGGCCUCGGGGGUCAAGGGGGCGGCCUCGGGGGUCAAGGGGGUGGUCUUGGGGGUCAAGGGGGCGGUCUUGGGGGUCAAGGGGGCGGUCUUGGGGGUCAAGGGGGAGGUCUCGGAGGUCAAGGAGGAAGUCUCGGAGGACAAGGAGGUGGCCUCGGAGGUGGUGUCGGCGGUCAAGAUAUAACAACUUGUAACAACGGAUUGGGCGUCUGCGUGCCCUAUUAUCUCUGCAACGAAGGAAACGUUAUAACGGACGGCGCAGGCCUCAUUGAUAUUCGGUUUGGCAACAGCCAGAAGACGAACGACACCAGCACCAGAUCCAGCUCCGACUGCCCGCAGUUCCUCGACGUUUGCUGCACUAAUCCAAAUCCUCCGGACGUGGUCACCCCCGCCCCCUACUCGCCCCGCUGCGGAAAGAGGAACUCGCAGGGCUUCGACGUCCGCAUCACUGGAUUCAGGGAUAACGAGGCCCAGUUCGCGGAGUUCCCCUGGAUGACAGCCAUCUUGCGCGUGGAGAAAAUCGGCAAGAAGGGGCUAAACCUGUACGUGUGCGGCGGCUCCCUCAUUCAUCCAUCCAUCGUUCUCACAGCCGCUCACUGCGUCCACUCAAAGACUCCAAACUCACUCAAGACCCGCUUCGGAGAGUGGGACACCCAGAAGACGUACGAGCGGUACCCUCACCAGGACAGGGACGUCAUCAGCGUGAAAAUCCAUCCUAAUUACAACUCUGGUGCUCUCUACAACGACUUCGCUCUCCUCUUCCUUGACAGUCCCGUCACACUGGCCCCCAAUGUGGACACCGUCUGCCUCCCGCAAGCAAACCAGAAAUUCGACUACGACACCUGCUGGGCUACCGGCUGGGGCAGGGACAAGUUCGGCAAGGAGGGAGAAUUCCAAAACAUCCUCAAGGAGGUGGCUCUCCCCGUCGUCCCCAACCACGAGUGCCAGAACGGGCUCAGAACCACUCGACUCGGAUCUUUCUUCCAGCUGCAUAACUCCUUCAUGUGCGCUGGCGGCCAGCAGGGAAUCGACACGUGCAAGGGCGACGGCGGGUCCCCCUUGGUGUGCGAGGCAGUGGCGGGUUCGGGCGUGUACGUCCAGGCGGGCAUCGUGGCCUGGGGCAUCGGGUGCGGCGAGCAGGGCGUCCCUGGGGUCUACGCUGACGUGGGUUACGCCUCGGACUGGAUCCAGACCGAAGCCAACAUUGGUCUUGCUUCCCUCUACAGUAUCCAAGGAUAUGACUGGGACUACGGAAGAUUUGUUUAAAGGGCUACACGAGCUGGCACUCGGCGAGCUGACACUGUUAGCCAGGAACACCUUGGGCGUGAGAUUAACGAUAUUCUCAGAAACAAAAUAAUCGUAAUUCGAGAUACCAGUGAUCUUUCGGAAGGGAGGAACUAAGUUACUGAGCUAAACAUGUUGAGCUCGACCAGACAUUUUCUUUUCCCAUUUAAAAUACUUUUCAAUGUUUGACACUUCUAUGUAUUAUAUUUAUCACCACUGUAUUUAUGUAAAUAAAAAAGUUGACAUUCA